AUGGCCCAUGCUCCCCUUCUCAGAACCAACACCGCCCCUGUCUUCCAAGCGUCGACGGACGGUGUUGCGAGGUUGCAAAACACAAUGAGCUCCCACGGCACCCCCAGAGCAAGCCAGCUCUCUGGCUCUACCGCUUUCACAUCCACCACCUCGCUGACCUCGCUGGCCAGCUCCAGCACCCUCGUCGGGCCCUCGGCCAACGGCCAGGUCGUCGCGACCAGCAACAUCAUCAACCAGAAGGCCGACGCCUCCAGGUCCCUCUACCAGAUAUGCGUCUCAACAAAGCAGAGGCUGAGCCAGGUACCCGGCUUCGAGGGCUACCUGCAGCAGCUCACGCAAUGGGAGAUGGAGGAGAGCCCCGAAGGCGGGCCCGUCGAGGCCCUCUGGAGGCUGCUGCGUGCUGGCUACCCCCUCCUGGCCAUCUACAACGCGCUGCGGCCCGCCGAGCGGCUCGAGGUCGACGACGAGAGGGCCAAUGAUGCGAAAAAGACAAAGAUCGCCAUUUUCAAAUUCAUCAAGGCCUGCCUGAACGACCUCAAGAUCCCGUCUGCCGAGUGCUUCGUGAUUAGCGACCUGACAGGCACCGACACCACUGGAUUUGUCAAGGUCACCGGUGUAGUGAACCACGUCCUCGACCUAGCACAGCAACGAGGGCUCCUGCUACAAGCCCAGCCAUACCCUGAAGAAGACGCAGCACCUGCGGCCGGGUCAACACUUAGCUACCGAGAUCAUAUUGUGAAGGAGUUGGUAGAUACCGAGCGGAAGUACGUCCAGGAUCUGGAGAACCUGUAUGACUUGAAGAAGGUCUUGGAACAAAAGGGCGUGGUACCUGGCGACAUCGUCCACCAGAUCUUCCUCAACAUCAAUGCCAUCCUCGACUUCCAAAGACGGUUCUUGAUUCGAGUCGAGACAACCAACUCUAUGCCGCAGAGCUCGCAGCAGUGGGGAAGCCCUUUCGUCAUGUUUGAGGAUGCCUUCAACAUCUACCAACCCUUUAUCGCCAACCAGCGCAAAGCCGCGCAAGUCGCACAGUCGAUCUUUGACAAGAUCCAGCUGGCGCAACAUCCCGUCGCUGUAGACUUUAACACGCUGGACGGAUUCUUGCUGAAACCGAUGCAAAGAUUGGUCAAAUACCCGCUUCUCCUGAAGGACUUGCGGAAGAAGACUGAGGACGACGCCACAAAUGCCGACUUGACCGCUGGUAUCGCCGCGGCCGAACGCGCCCUUCAAAAGGCCAACGAAGCCGUCGACCGCGACCUGCUCGAUGAGGCUCUGGACGAUUUGAUCAAUAGAGUUGAUGACUGGAAGAACCAUAGAGUGGAACAGUUCGGCAAACUCUUGCUACAUGGCGUUUACACUGUCGUUACCGGGAAAAGCGAACAAGAGAAGGAUUAUGAGAUCUACCUGUUUGAAUGCAUCCUGUUGUGCUGCAAGGAGAUCACGCCGAACAAGAGCAAGGACAAGAAGGACAAGACGCGGUCAACUGGGCCCAAGAUCCGGAACAAGAACAACAAACUGCAGCUUAAGGGGCGCAUUUUCAUGACCAAUGUCACUGAGGUUUUAUCCUUCUCAAAACCAGGAUCGUAUACGGUGCAGAUUUGGUGGAAGGGCGACCCAGGUGUGGAGAACUUCGUUAUCAAAUUCCAGAAUGAAGAGAUGAUGAGGAAGUGGGCUGGCGGUCUUGAUGCUCAGAGGAAGGAGAACGCUAUACAGACUACGACAAGCCCGAACCAGGCCCCUCCCGAAUUCCCUUGGAUGCGCUCUCAAGUCAGCAAUCUUGAGAACCCUUACGCGCAGCAGGAUGAUGAUGACGACGACGAUUACAACCCGACGCCGACUGCGUCACAGUACGGCGCCCCUCAGCAGAUGGCCGGAACAAUGCCUCGAAACGCCUCCAGCACCAGUCUACGGUCCAGGUCGGAUUCCUUAGCAGGCAUGGCCAGGGCGCCGCCUCCCAGAUUCCCCUUGCCGCAGCCCCCAGGGGCUCUGAGCCUGCAAACCCAGAUGAACCAGCAAGCGCCAUCACCCGGCCAUCGUGGAGGAGAUUCAUACUUCUCCCCGACUGUCGAAUCACCGGCCUCUUCCCGGACCAGCACUACCUCUGGCAUCUUCCAACCGGGUGCAGGGUACCCCUUCCCCAAGAGCGGGACGCCACAGCCAGGUGGUUGGGAUGGGGGUGACAACAAUCGCUACACAGCGCCGGCCAUGCCGCGUGCCCCAUCACGAGAUGGUCUGCCGCCAGCUAAUGCCUACGGUAUGGUCAAUGGGCGAAACCCCCGAGGCCCUUCAUUGCCAGUCAUGUCCCAGAACCCACAGAGCCUGUCCGCACAGCAGCGGAGCCGAAGCUACAGCACACCGGACAUCCAGAACCAACCCACUCGGAGGACGCCUGGUGGAAGCCAAGGUAACAUCCCGGCUGUACCGGGCAUACCUGCGCAUCUUACCCACGCCCGGCACGACUCGACGAUUCCGCGGUCCCAGACUGGCAGUCCCCAGCUGGACCUGCCCAUGCGGGCGAGUACACAAAGCCCCAGCGUUCAGCAGAACCGCCUGCAGCAGCAACAAGUUAGCCAGUACGGCGGCACCAUGGCGCAGUUCCCCGCUCAGUCAGUCUACACUUCCAGGCAGGGCACGCCGAGCGUACCGCAUCUCUCACAGCAAGGCUUGGUCCCGAAUCCCCUGAACCUGUCCAAUGACGCUGGAAGGACAGUCUCUCCUCCUCUGGGCACCGGCACCCCCAACCCAUCCAUGAUGAGUCCCGAUCUGCCCAUCCCGACACAACUCAAAGUCAAGGUCAACUACGACACAUCCAACUACGUGACCCUGGUUGUGGCCUACAAUAUCACGUACCAGUCGCUGAUUGACCGCAUCGACGCCAAACUGGCGCGGUUCACGACCAGCGGGGUUGGUAAGGGCAACCUCAAGCUGCGGUACCGCGACGAGGACGGCGAUUUCGUCAGCAUCGAGAGCGACGACGACAUCCAGAUCGCGUUUAUGGAGUGGCGCGAUGGUGUGCGCAAUGCGUACAACGCCGGCGUUGGAGAAAUAGAGCUUUUCUGCGUGGGCGAGACCACCACUUGA